GAUGACGCGUUGAAGCAAUAGUAAUCCUGCUCAGGACGAGAGGAGCUGCAGACGCUGGGUGCUUGGCUGAGGAGCCAACGGUGCGAAGCUGCCACCUGUGAAUGUCGUCUUUGAGUGCUCAGGUAGAAAGUUGUACAAUACAAGUCAAACUGCACCCAGAUCAGUUUCACAGCCUGGCCGAUCUGUGAGAAUAACCUGCAGCAGCCUUGUGUCUGUGACACAGAGCAGAGGAAAUGUCACCAACUGCAUUCUGGGUAACCUCUCAGGCUGGUUUCACCAUGUGAGCCCGGGCGAGUCCCGGUGUGUGACGCUGCUUCUGUUUUCGGUUCUUAGGAGCUCCUGGGUUCAGCCAGCUGAUUUUCCCCGACUUCCUCUUUGUGGUGCCCGAGCUUCUCUCUUUUCAUAAUCCUUUAAACUCUGCCAAACCCCUCAGAACAGCUCAGCACCUACGAAAGGCCUCCUUUGUACCACAGUGCUGUCCAGAAGUCACCUCCUUACAUGUUGCUGUGAGUUUAUUGAUUUAUUCAAACAUACAUGGAAAUAUCAGCCAACAGCAGAGUUUGUACAACUCUAACCAGCUGUAAAGUAAAUAUUUGUUGUUGUUCUCAAGGGUUCGGAUUCAGGAUGGUUGGAUUCAGGAUGGUUGGAUUCAGGAUGGUUGGAUUCAGGAUCGUUGGAUUCAGGAUGGUUGGAUUCAGAAUGGUUGGAUUCAGGAUGGUUGGAUUCAGGAUGGUUGGAUUCAGGAUGGUUGGAUUCAGAAUGGUUGGAUUCAGGAUGGUUGGAUUCAGGAUCGUUGGAUUCAGGAUGGUUGGAUUCUGGGGGUCAAACAUUCAGGGGAUUUUGGUGAUGUUCAUGCGUUCGUGCUCACUGUCUACUCGUUGUGAAGUCGUAGCCACUCCUCUAGACAGCUGAUGUAACUUCUGCUUUCAUACGUCACUUUUGUGGUCUAACGGACUUAGAGUGAAAAAAAGCGCCAAAGAGCGAGACGCACCAGAGACGAAGAGACGCCUGACGAUGGAUGACGUUUUCAGCAUGAAUAUGACCUCCGUGGAUGACAUCAUCACAACAAUGAUCACAGAGGAACCUGCUUUCAGUCCCUCGGCCACCUCUGACAACUAUGACUACUCAGACUACGGAGACGACUUGAUGUGCGACCGGGAGUCGGUGCGGGUGUUCAGGAGUCACUACGAGCCACCGCUCUUCUGGAUGAUCGCCCUGGUGGGCGGAGCCGGGAACCUGGCCGUGGUGUGGAUCUACCUGAACUUCCGGCGCCGUCUGAAGACGAUGACCGACGUGUACCUGCUGAACCUGGCUGUGGCCGACCUGCUGUUCCUGGUCACGCUGCCGCUGUGGGCGGCCGAGGCGUCGCACAGCUGGAUUUUCGGCACCUCCCUCUGCAAAAUAAACUCCGCCCUCUACAAGGUGAACCUCUUUAGCAGCAUGCUGCUGCUUACCUGCAUCAGCGUGGACCGUUACAUCGCCAUCGUGCAGACCACCAGGGCGCACAACUCGCAGGUGGAGCGCCUGCGCUGCAGCCGGUUGGUGUGCGCGGGGGUGUGGCUGCUUGCGCUGCUCCUUGCCACACCCGAGCUGGUAUUCGCUGCCCCCGCAAAGGUGGAAUCGCAGGACUACUGCCGUAUGGUGUUCCCGACCCACCAGGGGAACAACACCAAGAUCCUGGUGCUGUCCCUGCAGGUGAGCAUGGGCUUCUGCCUGCCCUUCAUCGUCAUGGCCUUCUGUUACAGCGUCAUCGUCGCCACGCUGCUCAAGACGCAGGGCUUCCAGAAGCACAAGGCCAUGCGUGUCAUCCUGGCGGUGGUAGUGGCGUUCGUUGUGUCGCAGCUGCCUUACAACAGCGUGCUGGUGAUGGAGGCGGUGCAGGCCUCCAACAUCACCAUCAACUGCGAUCAGCUGAAGGCCUUCGACAAGGCGGGGCAGGUGCUGAAGAGUCUGGCCUACAUGCACGCCUGCCUCAACCCCUUCCUCUACGUCUUCGUGGGCUCACGGUUCCGCCGUGACGUGGUGCACCUGCUGCGCUGCUGCCGCUGCGUGCCACCCGUCACCAAGAUUCAGCUGUCCACCAAGUCCAGCAGGAGCCCGCUGAGCUCCACCCGAGCCUCGGUGAUGUCUGACAGCGAAAACUCGCAGGCGCUGUCGCUGUAGAAACCGUCAUCGCGCAACUUCCUGUUUUUUGCCAGGGCAGCUGCAACAGCAGGCCUCGCCAACGGAAGACGCCUCGAUCGCAGGAAGAGUUUUUAAGAAGCUUUGAUUCAACACGUGUGCUGCUUCACCCUAACAUCCACCCACAGACAGUCAGAGCCCGCUCACCUGAGAACACCUUCACCUCAGAGCACAGGACGGGUGGAGGCUGGGCGCGCCUGCUGGUUACAGCUUUUACAGUUUUGGGGAAACAAAAAGAAACCUUUGUAAUGAGAAUGUAAAACCUCCACAUCAUUUUCUGAGCUAGAUUUUCCUGAUUCCAGGACUUUUCCAGGUGUUUCCAGGACUUUUCAGGGCUUUGCUUGUACAGUAAACAUGAAGCUGUUUUUAAAUGUGACGUUUUAGCUGCUGUAUGAAAGACGGGACCUGUCUCCUCGCUGCGUUUGAACAGAAACUGAGCCAAAGCUGAAAUGUGACUGAUGCUGUAUAUAACCCUGUGUGUGUGUGUGUGUGUGUGUGUGUGUGUGUGUGUGUGUGUGUGUGCGCGUCACACCAAUGUAAAUGUUUUGGUUUUCUGAGUUAUGAAAAUAAAGUGCGAGAGAAAAA